AUGUUCGCUAACAGAACUCGUGCCCUUUGGGCGACACACUCUUGCUCGCGGGCUAUUAGGCGCCUUCCACAUAUACGCCGACUAGCGUCUGUCACGCCUCGGAUUCCGAUCAGCCCUUUGAACCCUGAUACGGUCCUGGAUUAUGACAGCCGCAUCGCACAAUUAGAAAGAGUCAAGGCGGGUUCAAAUCGCCCACUCAAUCUGACCGAGAAGAUCCUAUACAGCCACUUAUUUGACACCGCUGAAACUCAAUGGAAUCUGAGCGAGAUACGACGAGGCGAGACACUGUUGCAGCUCAGGCCCGAUCGAGUGGCUUGUCACGAUGCUACAGCAACUAUGGCUUUGCUGCAGUUUAUUAGUGCCGGGCUGCCCAAGGUCAAGAUACCAACUACCAUACACAGUGACCACCUGAUUGUCUCGCGGGACGGUGCUGACGAGGACUUGAAGCGAGGACUAAUACAGCAUGAGGAGGUGUACAAGUUCUUGAGCAGCGCUGGAAAGAAGUACGGUAUCGGCUGGUGGAAGCCUGGUGCGGGUAUCAUCCACAUCACUAUCUUUGAGAAUUAUGCUUUCCCUGGCGGCCUCAUCAUCGGCACUGACUCACAUACGCCUAAUGCUGGAGGACUGGGUAUGCUUGGUAUUGGUGUCGGCGGGUCUGAUGCUGUGGACGCUAUGGCAGGCAUGCCUUGGGAGGUUAUGAAUCCUAAGGUAGUUGGGGUUCGGCUUACUGGCAAGCUCCAUGGCUGGGCAUCAACCAAGGAUAUCAUCUGUAAGCUAGCUGGUAUCACGACGGUCUCGGGAGGCAAGGGUAAAGUGUUUGAGUUCUUUGGACCUGGAACGGAGACUUUGGGUGCAACUGGGAUGGCAACUGUGUGCAACAUGUCCGCCGAGAUAGGCUCAACAUCAUGCAUAUUCCCCUUUACGGAUUCUAUGGCUCGAUACCUCUCAGCGACGAAACGAUCAGGCAUUGCGCAGCUAGCAAACUCGUACAAAGACGUCCUUCUUCGGCCUGAUGAGGGUGCAGAAAACCACUACGACGACAUCAUAGAGAUAGAUUUGGACACUCUGGAGCCACACAUCAACGGACCCUUUACACCUGAUCUAUCGCAUCCCCUUUCUCAACUAAAGGACGCAGUCAGACAAAGCGAUUGGCCUGUUGAGAUUAGUCACGCCAUGGUUGGAAGCUGCACGAACUCGUCUUAUGAAGAUCUAUACAAGACACAGCAGCUAGUGAUGCAGGCAAAGGCUGCCGGCAUCGACCGAGUCAAAACGCCAUUCAUGGUAGCUCCAGGCAGUGAAGAUAUUCGAACUACAGCCGAGGCCGAUGGCAUCCUGCAAACAUUGCGCGAUGCUGGAGCAGUUGUGCUCAGCACCACUUGCGGGCCUUGCGUGGGACAAUGGGAUCGAACUGAUGUCGAUGUCAAAGGUCGCGAGCGCAACACUGUUGUUUCGAGCUUCAACCGUAACUUUGUAGGCCGCCACGAUGGGAAUCCGGAGACAUGCUCUUUUGUGACAUCGCCGGAGAUGGUCACGGCUUUUGCUUACGCAGGUCGUAUUGAUUUCAAUCCCGCAACAGAUGCACUGCCUGUCAAUAGCUCACAGCAAGAAUUUCGCUUCACAGCGCCAACAAGCGUUGAGCUACCGUCCAGGUUUACAGCUGGCCAAGACCUUUAUCAGCCUCCCCAGGAGAAUUCUGCUCAUCUCCAAGUCGAUAUCAAUCCAAAGUCCGACCGUCUUCAACUUCUCCAGCCAUUCAAGCCACGGCAACCGGGCGCCACGACUGACAUGCCCAUCCUCGUCAAAGUCAAGGGUAAAUGCACCACCGACCAUAUAUCCCCAGCCGGUCCCUGGUAUAACUACCGCGGCCAUCUUGAGAACAUCAGCCACAAUAUGCUCCUCGCAGCGAGCAACGCCUUCCUUCCCUCCACGUCCACAAUGCUCGGUCACACCAUCCAUCCGCUAGACGGCAAUGUGGAGCUCAUCCACGAAGUCGCGCGUGAUUUGCAACGCCGCAGCACACCCUGGUGCAUCAUCGGUGACUGGAACUACGGUGAAGGCUCAUCUCGCGAACACGCUGCUUUGGAACCACGUUACCUUGGCGGGUUAGCCAUCAUUGCGCGCUCGUUUGCCCGUAUUCACGAGACGAAUCUGAAAAAACAGGGCAUGUUGCCUCUUACUUUUGCCGAACCUGUGGACUAUGAUCGUAUACGGGAGGGCGAUCGGAUCACACUCAGGGGUGUCGAAGAAGACGAGUUGCAGCCGUCUUCGACUGUGGUAAUGCACGUACAAACGAAGAACGGAGAGAUGUGGGAUUGCGACUUGAGGCAUACAUAUAGCGAGGGGCAGUUGAGAUGGCUGAGGGCAGGCAGCGCAUUGAAUUCUAUGAGGGAGAAGGUUGCCGCCAAAUAA